GAGACCUCAGAAUGCAGCCGUCGGACUUGCUGUCCUGGUUGCAUGCCAACCUGCUAGCCUCAUUUUCCACUUCGGCGAGCAUCGUCCUGACCAGCUUUGUCCUCCUGGCUGUCAAACGGCGGUAUUUUACUUCACUGAGGGACAUCCCGGGGCCAUGGCUAGCUUCCGUGUCCAGCCUUUGGCAGGUCUUUCAGCUUAUCAAGGGCCACACCGAGCAGGAAAUGAUUCGAUUACAUCGAAAACAUGGUCACUUCGUCCGCAUUUCCGAGAACGAAGUUAGCGUCUGUCACCCAGAUGCCAUACGGUUACUGCUCCAAGCAAAUCUUGCCAAGGGCUCCUGGUAUUCAAUCUUCAGUCUCCCCGACUAUCACUACGUGAACCAGAUGUCCGAGUUGAGCCCCCAGCGCCACAUCCACAAGUCGCGGAACAUAGCAGCAGGCUACGCGUUGUCCAACAUCAUCAAAUCCGAGCCACAGGUGGACGCUCUCCUCGUUCGGCUGGAAGAGCAGUUGGACCGGUUAAUCGCCUCCGGGCAGCCUGUCCAGUUCGACCGAUGGUUCAACUACUUUGCCUUCGACGUGGUUGGCGAGGUGACCUUCUCCAGUCCGUUCGACUUCCUGGCGACGGGCACCGACAUCCGCCACGCCAUCGCCAACAGCCGCGCGCUGGCCCUCUACAUCGCCAUCGUGGGCCAUUACGUCUGGCUGCACAACCUCACGCUAGGCAAUCCGCUACUUAGCCGUCUGGGCCUGCAGCCCACCUCCCACAUCUUCGACACCUGUCUGGCGGCCAUCGACCACCGACAACGCCAGAGCCAGGAGAAGACUCCUGCUACUACGCCAACCUCCACGGUUCCUCCACGCCUCGACAUGAUGGAGCGGUGGCUGACCACUCGCCAGCAGCACCCGGAACGCAUGGCCGAAUCGGAGAUUAUGGGCGCCUGCGUAGCUAAUGUCGGCGCCGGCGCCGAUACCACCAGUGCUACCCUGCAGGCGUUUGUCUACCACUUGAUCCGUCAUCCGCAGUACUUGGCCAAAUUGCGCCAGGAGCUCGACGAGGCGCAGGCGCGCGGCGAGCUGAGUCCCAUCGUCUCGUACGCGGAGGCUACCAAGCUGCCUUAUCUCCAGGCUUGCAUUCGGGAAACAUAUCGCUACCAUCCAGCCACCGGGACUGGACUUCCGCGUGUUGUACCUGCGGGUGGAAUCACCAUUGCGGACAGGCAUUUCAGUGAGGGGACCGUCUUAAGCAUCAACCCGUGGGUGUACCACCGCAACGCCGAAUUCUUCGGCCCGGACUGUGAUGAUUUUAACCCCGAACGGUGGCUCGAUGUGGAGCGGGUGAAACAGAUGGAUCCGUUUUUGAUCCACUGGAGCGCAGGGUACAACCAAUGUCCCGGUCGCAACCUCGCGCACUUCGAGAUUUCCAAGGUCGCGGCCUGUCUCAUCCGGGAUUUUGAAAUUGAGCAGGUCAAUCCGGAUGCGCCGUGGCGGUUCGAGACCCAUUUCACCGCGGUGCCGUAUGGCUGGCCAUGUUGGUUGCGGCGGAGGGCAGUUGGGGGGUGUGGGGGGUGA